AUGUUUUGUGUUGAAAAUCAAUUAACGUCACAAAUUAAAAUAGAAUGGAAUUUCAACGUAAGUAGCGGAAAGAUGAAGCAAUAUAAGAAGAAUGAGAGAGCACUUAAAAAUAAGACGAUUAUUGAGCAGAAAUGUUCGUGCUCCAAAGUCUUCACGUUUAUGUCUAUCGAGAGUCAAAGUAGCUACAAACUUUCUCUUCAACCUUAA